AUGUUGAUUCUCAUAUUUCUAUUGUUCCUUAGUUACGUUUUGUCACAAAAUAAUGUUCCUAUGUGUACAUCAGUAAAUCAUGUUGAGACAUGGAAAUUAAGUUGGACUAACUCAUGUACCAUUCCUUCUACUUUUGAAAUCAGAAAAUCGGCACAAAUCACAGUGAGUGGUGAAGACAUAAUUGUCACUGGCGACGUUUUUUCAAUAUCUGUUUCCUCGUUUGUCUUAUUAAAAAGUUCUCAAGUUAUUUUAAAUGACUUAUCUCUGAUUGGGAAUUCAACCAAUUCCAGUACUUUAAAAUUGGAAACAAAAACAACACUUUCAACUAAUAAUUUGAGUCUUGGGAAUAACUGGAAAAUCGAGCAGAGUGGAAAUUCAAAGAUCCAAGUCAAUUUAAAAUUAGAAAUCAAUGAAAAGGGCAAUUUUACACUGUUUAAUAAUUCACUCUUCACGACAAAAUUGCCGAUCGGAAUUACUUCGACAAUUUCAAAUUCACCUUUAAUACAAAUUGGAGGGACAAGUGUGUUUCACACAGAUUCAAAAAUAACACUGAAAGACAACACUAAAAUUGUGUUGAGUGAAUAUGCAAAUAUAACUUGUGACGAUUUUGAAAGCUCAAAUAUUAACAUUUUUAUGAGUGAAAAUUCAAAAAUUGAGGCUUUUAAAAACUUUAUAAUGAAUGAUGGGACUAAUGUGAAUUUGAAAGAUCAAAGUUUAAUUAUAAGUAGUGCUGUUGAUGUAAGUUCUUCAUCAAAUACUUUGCCUGCCGUUUUGACUUUAAAUAGCCUUUUUGGAUACCAAAUUGUGACGGAGAAUUUCCAAUGUGGAACAAAUUGUAAACUUUUAAUGAACAAAUUUUCUAUAAUUAAAGCUACACGUACAUGGUUUUUAACGGAAUCCUCUGUUGAAGCUAGUGAACGUGAAAUCACCGAUUUACCUCUUUUUCACACAAACGAAAUCGAUUUGGAAAAUUUGAAUUUGAUUUUAGUCGAACCAAUUAAUGUCGCUUUUUCGGAGAAUCCAUUAAUUGUUAAAAAUUAUAAAGGAUCCCCUUAUUCUUUAUUAAUGAAUGGAAAAUUACUUCGAUUUGGAGAAUCCAAAGACGUGUUUUGUAAUUUGAAAAGUGAUAUUUUGACUGAAAAUAGUUUUUAUGAACCAUAUUGCCCAUGUCACGAAGAUAAGUGUUACAUUUUGUCGCCAAAUACUCAAAAUUUGAAAGUGCAAAAUCUACAGAAAAACACACAAGAUUUUCAAUUGGAAAAUUCCGACGAAAAUGUAAUGAAAAUUAACGGCUUUUUUGUAUCAUUCCAGAAAGUCGAAAGUUUGCAAAUUAUUAAUAUAGACUCAAAUGAAAUCAACUUUCUUGAGUACAUAAAAAUGACGAAAUCGAUAUUAAUUGUGUCUAAAAGUGGUAUCACAAUAGAUAACAAAAUGGUGUAUAAAAGUGUAUUUAUAGACUCAAAAGGGGUUUCCCAACUUAUUUCUUUUAAGUUUUGUCUCAGUGGAAUUUAUGAUGAAAUUAAAAAAGAAUGUAUACAAUGUUCACCAACCAAUUGUGAAAAAUGCAAUGAAAAUGAUGCUAACAUUUGUUUAAAAUGCGAACCAGGUUAUACUUUAGUCGAUAGAAAAUGUGUGAAAAUUCUUCAUUGUUUAUUAUCAAAUAACAUCAUGUGUAUAAAAUGUGAAGAUGGGUAUGAAAAAGUUAAUGGAAAAUGCGAAAAAAGUGCAGAUAAAUGUCAAAUAAGAGACUUUUCUGAUAAUUGCAUUUUGUGUUUAACUGAUGAAAAGUUAAUAAAUAUAAAUGGAAAAUGUCAGAACGUUCCCGAAUAUGUCGAAAGUAAAUGUGAAUAUUCAAUAACUUCAUGCCAAAAUGGAUAUUAUGUUCAAAACAAUUUGUGUCAAAAAUGUAAUUCUAAAUUUGAAAAUUGCAGAUUUUGUUCGAAUGAAAAAUGUGAAUUAUGUGAUGUAAAUUAUAAAAUUAAUAACUUGGGUCAUUGCGAGCUCCAAAGUUGUUUAAUAAAAAGUAAUACAAUUAAAGAUUUGAAUGGAAAUUGCCUUGUUCCAAUCACAAAUUGUUUACUUCACAACAACAAAAAAUGUGUUCAAUGCAAUACCAUGAAUUAUUUACAAAGUGAUGGAAGUUGUAAAUUGGAAAGUGAAAAAACGUGUAAUAAAAAUACCGAAAUUGGCUGUAUCCGAUGUGUAGAUGGUCUGUUUUUAGACAACAAUAAUAUAUGUCAAAAUUGUGACACAAAUAAAUGUGCUACGUGUUCAUCACAAAAUGACUUUUGUCUGAGUUGUCCAAAUGGGUAUUAUUUGAGUAAUUAUGUAUGUAAAUCGAAUGAAAUAUUAAAAGAAAAGUGUGGAAAAAUAUCAACAAUAAUUAAUGGGUGUUAUCAAUGUAGAGACAAUUAUUAUCGUGUUGGCACCGACUGUUUGGAUUGUGACAAAAAGUGUGAGACCUGUUUUUCUAAUGAAACGUGUUACACGUGUAAUUCUGACUAUUUUCAGACUGAAGAAAACGAUUGUUUGCUAAAAAGUUCUUUAGAGGGAUGUGCAGUUGAAGUUACUAAUUUGGGAUGUUCUCUUUGUGCUGAUGGGUAUUAUCAAUUUAAAAAUAGAAUGUGCGAAAGGUGUUCAACAAAUUGUGCGAAAUGUUCUUCUAAAAAUUAUUGUACGGGGUGUGAUAUUAAUAAAGUUUUAGUCAAUGGAUUUUGUAAAGAAAUUUCGCAAAUACAAAACUGUGUUGAAGUUUAUAAUUCAAAAUGCACUAAAUGUAAAUUUUGGAACAUUCCUGAAAUAAACGGAAGUUAUUGUGAACAACACGUUGUGUGGUGGGUCAUUUUUAUAGCAAUCGUUUUUGUUAUAGCUGUUAUAACAUUUCUCUUCAUUUUAAUUUUGUUUGGGCUUUAUAAAUUGCUUAACAAAAUUGAGAUGAAAAAGUUAGAUGGAGAACUCACCAAAUUUGAAAUGGUUCAUUCAAAUAUCAUCUUCAAAAAAUUGAAAGAUGGAAUUUGCACCAAUUUGGAGGAAAUAAAUUUUAAUUUAAAUGAAGAUGAUCUCGAAAUAGGCGAGGAAAGUCGGCAACUUAUUUGCGUUGGUAAUGAAAAGUCAACGACAAAAAUACAAUUUUCAAUGAAAAGUGAUAUUGAAAAGUUUACUCUUCGAGUCAGCCCUCCAGUUAUAACAUUAAAGAAAGGAGAGGCGUGUGAAUUUGAAGUAUUUUUGACUCCAAAUUUCACGUGUAAAAUAGAUAACAAAAUGCUUAUAAUAUCAAAAAGUUUAAAAAGUGGUGAAGAGUCAUUUAACGAAAUAAGAAUUAGAGCCUCAACAAAAAUUUCGACAAAAAUAGACCCGGAUGAAUUAAUUGAAGAAAAAAAACUUGGUGAGGGGUCUUUUGGAGUUGUUUUCAAAGGAAAAUAUCGGGAAAAUGACGUUGCAAUUAAACGCAUGAAACAAGUUGAUGGCAGUCAUGAAGAUUCACUGAAUGAAUUUGAGAAAGAAGUUUCCAUGUUAGACAAAUUUCGCUGUGACUACAUUGUCCACUUCUAUGGCGCCGUUUUUAUUCCAAAUAAAGUGUGUAUGGUCACUGAAUUUGCUAAAUUUGGAAGUUUAAAUGACUUGAUGAAAAGUCACACAACUGAAAUCGAACACAAAAUGAAAUUAAAAAUAGCACUUGAUGGAGCCAAAGGUAUUCAAUAUUUACACUCGAAUGGGAUUUUACACAGAGACAUUAAACCGGAUAAUAUUUUGAUAUUUUCACUGGAUUUAAAUGAAAAGGUGAAUGCGAAAUUGACUGAUUUUGGGUCAUCAAGAAAUGUCAAUAUGCUGAUGACUAACAUGACUUUUACCAAGGGUAUUGGAACACCCGUGUAUAUGGCACCUGAAGUCCUAAACCAAGAACACUACAAAAAACCAGCUGAUAUUUAUUCAUUUGCUAUUACUAUGUAUGAAUUAAUAACUUGGUCAGAAGCAUAUCCAAAAAGUCAAUUUAAAUAUUCUUGGAAAAUUGCCGAAUUUGUGAAUGAUGGAAAUCGGCCAAGUUUAUUGACAAGUUCAAAUGGAGAGGUCUCUGAUUUAAUCGAAAGGAGUUGGAAACAAAAUCCACUCGAAAGAUAUGCAAUAGAAGAUAUCGUUUUGGUGUUACAAAAGUUGUGCAAAUAA